AUGACCGACGGCGCGAACUACAAGGGUGACCCAGCGUCGUUCGGGGAGCUGACCUGGGAGCAGAUCCUCGAGAAGGCCGAGGGGGCCGUGUUCUCCGUCGCGCAGAGGGGUACGAGCAAGAGGUUGACGUCGCUGCGCACGAAGGCCAUCGACAGCGUCAACGAGUACAAGAAGGAGGCACAGAAGCUGUUCGUCGAUCUAGGCGCCGACGAGUUCUUCACUGCAGCGGUGCAGAGGAUCGAGGAGGGCGCCCGCUGCAUCGACACGACCCUCAGCGAGUGCAAGAUCAUGCACAACAUCCACCGCGACAACAAGACGGGCCUUGCGCAGAGGCAGGCGCGCGUCGACGAGGAGCUGACCAAGGCGAGCGGCACGCUGGCCGAGGGCGCCGUGAAGCUCGAGCUCCACGAGGUCAUCAAGGCCAAGGCGCUGGAGUUCAUGCGCGCGUGA